AUGAAGGGCCGGCCGUCUGCGUCUUCUAAAGACGCUGACGGAUCCUCUGUCGACCACGACAAACCGCCGCCGGAAUCUGUCGACGAAACGGCCUUGUCCAACGACCGCCCCCAGCCGGAUAUUCCGCUCUCCCCUUCUUCUGCGAGGAGUAGACGCUCAACCAACAUUAGUUGGAAAGUAUCGAAAGAUCGCAAUGGCUCCGCCGACCCCCCUUUCGCCGCUACCACGAAACCGAACACCCUCGGUCGCGAUGCCAAGGGUUCGCCUUCUUUGAAUUCUUCUACUUCGAUAUCCAAUACCAGGUUACGUCGCAGGCUAUGGUCAAUCACCCCUCUCAUUCUGCUGGUGUCUGUCAUCGGACUUGGCUUGCUGUCAGCCAUUCUUUAUUCCCUGGUUACCCGGCAGCUUGACCCCAAGGGCUGCCGAAUGUCCUACAUGAGACCCAGCUAUAUCAAGUUCAGCGAAUUCGACACCGAACACACUCGUUUUGCUAGCAAGUAUUCUCUCUAUCUCUACCGCGAGCAGACGGUCGACGAUGACAAGUUAAGAGGUAUACCGGUGCUGUUUGUCCCCGGAAACGCCGGGAGUUACAAACAAGUACGUCCGAUCGCUGCGGAGGCCUCGAAUUAUUUCAACGAUGUUAUCCGGCAUAAUGAGGCGGCAAUCGCCGCUGGUACCCGCAACCUUGACUUCUUCACUGUCGACUUCAAUGAAGAUAUCACGGCUUUCCAUGGCCAGACUCUCCUCGACCAAGCCGAGUAUCUGAAUGAAGCAAUUCGCUACAUCCUCUCGCUAUAUAUGGAUCCCCGAAUGUCUCCUCGACCGUCUGAUACUCCCGAUCCUACCUCUGUCAUUGUUCUAGGCCACUCGAUGGGCGGAGUCGUUGCGCGAACCAUGCUCGUCAUGCCGAAUUACCAGUCUAAUUCCAUCAACACAAUUAUCACCAUGUCCGCCCCUCACUCUCAGGCUCCGGUCACAUUCGAUGGUCAAAUCGUGCAAAUAUAUGAUGCCAUAAACUCGUACUGGAGGAACGCCUACGCCGAGAAAUGGGCUAACAACAACCCACUAUGGCACGUCACUUUGGUGUCUAUCGCCGGAGGCGGUUUGGAUACUGUCGUCCCAUCUGAUUACGCUAGCAUCGAGUCGAUGGUCCCCGAAACCCAUGGAUUUACAGUCUUUACAACCACUAUUCCGACCGUUUGGACGAGUAUGGAUCACCAGGCGAUUCUGUGGUGCGACCAGUUCCGGAAAGUUGCCACUCGGGCCCUGUAUGAUAUAGUGGAUGUGAGCAGAGCAUCGCAGACUAAACCUCGCGCCGAGAGGAUGAGGGUUUUCAGAAAGUGGUUCUUGACCGGCUUGGAGCCUGAUGCUGAGAAGGCCCUACCUUACCAAGCACCAUCAACGCUUCUCACCCUUGGCGACAGCUCCAAUACAGUCAUCCCUGAUGGGGAAAGGCUUACAAUCAGACAGCUCGGCCGUGAUUCGAAACCCAGAGCCUACCUUCUGCCUGUCCAACCUCCCGGUUCCCCCAAGAGCACACGAUUUACCUUCCUUUCAGAUACCCCGUUGAGUUCCCCUGGGGGUAGUGGUAACUUGGAGGUGCUUCUCUGUAGUGUUGCCCCGCCUCAGCCUGGUCAGUCUACCUUGGCACUCCCGAUAAGCGUUGAUCUUUCGACAGAUGGCGACGAGUCUGCCAAGUUUGUCUGCAACAGCGCAGCAUCCGAUCUCAUUAUACUGCCCCGCUCGACACCAUCUUCAAAGUAUCCGUUUACCCCGGCUCAGGAUCCGGAGAAUCGCCCUUUUUCCUAUCUCGAAUACAACGCAGAGGAGUUGGCAGACCAUCAGUUUGUUGUUGUUUUAGACAAGUCGACGUCACCUACAGACGGGUUUGUUUUGGCAGAGUUUGCGGAUCAUGCCAGCUCCGUGAGAACGAAAGACGUCGUCCUUGAAGACUUGCUCGCGUUUGGCCUGACCAUGACCCUGCUGCCGAAUCGGUCUACCGUCUCGCACAUUCGCAUUCCUGCCAUCGAGUCUAGUCUGCUCGCCUAUAACCUGCACAUCGAGUCCCAGAAAUGUGCUAGGAAUAAGGAGCUUUUCUCCCCGCUAGUCAGGCAGUACUUGAGUCGGCCAUAUGAGUCCAAGUUUUUCGUCAAUGCUAGAACGGCGGAGAUUAGCAUCCAUGGAAUUUCACCAUUCGUGCCGCCUCCACUCCGGCCCUAUGACGACGAUGACGACGACAGAGGCCUCAGUUUUCAGAUUUGGGCAGACCCUACAUGCGAAUCAGAGAUUCACAUCAAGCUCGAGGUUGACGUUCUGGGGAGUAUUGGCAAGCUAUACAUGCGAUACAGAACUGUCUUUGCGGCCUUCCCACUGUUAAUAGUGGCCCUUGUCCUCGCGAAGCAGUUCCAGCUGUAUGACGAGACAGGCGUUUUCGUGUCAUUCACGGAAGCCCUAGAUCUUUCUCUUCGAGGGUCCUUCCUGGUCACCGUGAUCUGUCUGACCGUACUAUCAGUCUCCGGUUGGGGAGCGACCAGGACCAUUAGCCCGGGAAGCGGAGCAAACAGCACGUCCGGUGUCGACUUUUACCAGAAUGACAGCGUGACCGGCAUGAGUGAUCCCUUCUUUUGGUUCCUCGUCCCAAUCAUCGCCGGGAUCAGUGUUGGAGUCUGCGCUGGACUUCACUACGUGACCCUUUUACUCACACAAAUUACCGCAGUUGUUUGUGGCUUUUUCACCCGACACUCGAGUAGUGCUGAUGAAACACCCAAAGGAACUUCAUCUCCCGGCCUAUUCUCACCAACGUCGCCGCAGCGCCGCGCGAUAACGACUGGUAUUCUCUUGCUUCUCGUGUCGACAUUCAUCCCAUAUCAGUUCGCGUAUCUUGUCGCUUGUCUUGUGCAACUUAUCACCACCAUCCGCGCACUGCGGACGUUUUCGCAUCAUAAUCAAAUGAUGAAUUACAAUUUCUACAACUAUGCACACUCUAUACUUCUACUAAUGCUCUGGGUGCUGCCUAUCAACCUGCCAAUUCUGGCCGUGUGGCUCCGAAACCUUGCGGUUCAGUGGCUAACGCCAUUUUCUUCCCACCAUAAUGUCCUCUCCAUUAUUUCAUUUAUUCUUCUCGUCGAGAAUAUGACGACUGGGAAGAUGAUUCCCCGAGUCACCGGCCGUCUCAGGCACGUCACAGGAGCCUUAUUCAUUGGGACCGCAUUCUACGCUGGAGUUUACGGCAUCACCUAUGCUUACCGGCUGCACCAUCUCGUGCAUCUAAUCUCGACUUGGUUGGUUCUAAUCUACCUCACUUCUGGUUCGUGGUCGUUGGGCAGUCUAAAGGCUCUUUUCGAAGAUGACAUGGUGGACGGCCGGAAGCGCGGGAAAACACCAUGA